AUGCUCGCAGUCUCUUCCGUCGUUCUCUCUCUUGCGCUGAGCGCAUUCGCUGCACCUGCUCCAACUGCCCACGUUCGCCGCAUCUCCACCCGCAACGUGAAGUUCCUCAAAACCGAAGACGGCUUCUUCGAUCACCAAAAGGCCAUCCGCCAGGUUGCAUACGACCACAACAAAUACCGGAGCAACCUGAUCAACCUGCACGACAACGUCGGCGCAGACGCGUUCAAGGACGGUGCUCGGAUCCUCCCGCCCGUCGAGCACUUCGUCUCGCCUUCUGCACAAAAAGGCACCGAACCGUUGACCAACGAGCAAAACGGGCUCUGGGCAGGGUUUGUGGGCGUCGGCACCCCGCAGCAGAACUUCAACGUCGACUUUGACACUGGGUCCGCGGAUCUAUGGAUCCCAUCCGCCAACUGCACCGCAGCCAACUGCGCCCAGAAGGCGAAAUACCAUCCCGAAAGAUCUUCCACCAGCCAGCGUCACGACGACCAGUUCGGCCGUAUUCGCUACCAAGACGGAUCCGCCGUCUCUGGCCCUACGUUCACCGACACAGUGACUGUCGCGGGCAUCUCAGUGAAGAACCAAGGCUUCGCAGCCGCCGAGUCCAUCUCCGACGAGCUCGCCCAACGUCCCAUCGACGGCGUCCUCGGCCUCGCCUACCCAGCCCUCGCAAAGAUGGGACAGACGCCGUUUAUCAACACCGGCCGCGCCCAAGGCUCGAUCGCGGACGCCGAGUUCGGCCUCCGGAUCACCGACACCACCUCCGAGCUCGAGAUCGGCUUCCAGAGCGGGGAGCGAUGCGCCGACGCCCCCGACGUCCACCCCGUCACGGGCGAGUCCGGGUACUGGCAGAUCUCCAACGGCAGGGUCGGACGGGGCCUGCACGUGUACGCGCACGGCUUCUCCGCGGUUAUCGACUCGGGCACGACGUUCGUCUACGGUCCGCCCGCGGCCGUCGCCAAGUUCUACAAGUCGAUCGAGGGCGCGGAGCUGUGGGACGAGCGCAACGGGCUGUACUCGUUCCCGUGCGACGAGGCACCGUCAGACGCGCACUUCCAGUUCGACCAGGGGUGGAGGACGAUGAGCGCCGAGAGCUUCAGCUUUGGGCAGAUCGACGAGACGACGUGCAUCGGGGCGAUCGCGGGGCGGGACAUGGGGCUUGGGGAGGACACGUGGGUGCUCGGGGACAGCUUCCUGAAGAACGUGUACACCGCGUUCUCGUUCGAGACCAACGAGGUUUCGUUCUGUCGUCCCCGUGAUUAG